CCUUCUCUCUGUGUCUCGAAUCAUUACUACAUUGUUUCCUUCUGGCAUCUCUCAGUCUGAAUAUUUUCUAGGGUUAUGAUUCUGGUGCGGAGUUCUUGUCGAUCCCGUUUCUCUCUCUGUCGUUCAGCCAGAUUCUGAUUCUCCGAUCUCUCUUUCCUCCAUUGUCUUCGAAUCUGGUGGUUUACUUUUUUUUCCCCCUUGAGUUUGUUUUUUUCUCUCUGAGAAUUUGCGAGGCAAAUAGUUGUAGUAUGAUUCUGAUAGAAGUUUGAAAUCACGAAUCUACCGGCGGAAAUGGAUUCAGCGAGGAGCUGGUUUCACAAGUUUCAGCCUCGGGACAAAAUGAGGUCCAACACGAGGCGGAAGGAGCUCGGCGACGGCGGCGGCGGCGGCGGGGACAGCAGGGAUGAUUUUCCCAGGGACGAUGACGAAGCUCUCUCCAGCACCACUAAGCAGAAGGUUGCCGCCGCUAAGCAGUACAUUGAGAACCAUUACAAGGAGCAGAUGAAGAAUCUCCAGGAGCGCAAGGAGCGCCGGAAUUUGUUGGAGAAGAAAUUGGCUGAUGCUGAUGUAUCAGAGGAGGAUCAGAACAACCUACUUAAAUUCUUGGAGCAGAAGGAAACUGAAUACAUGCGCCUUCAAAGGCAUAAAAUGGGCGUCGAUGACUUCGAACUUUUGACAAUGAUUGGCAAAGGGGCGUUUGGAGAGGUUAGAGUCUGCAGAGAAAAGACAUCAGGACAUGUUUUUGCUAUGAAAAAGCUAAAGAAAUCAGAGAUGCUUCGUAGAGGCCAGGUUGAGCAUGUGAAAGCUGAAAGAAAUCUGCUUGCUGAGGUUGACAGCAAUUGUAUUGUCAAAUUAUACUGCUCUUUCCAAGACGAGGAGUUUCUUUACCUUAUUAUGGAAUAUUUGCCGGGUGGAGACAUGAUGACAUUGCUUAUGAGAAAAGACACCUUGACAGAAUAUGAAGCUCAAUUUUAUGUUGCGGAAACAGUUUUGGCGAUUGAGUCUAUUCACAGGCAUAAUUACAUCCACAGGGAUAUCAAGCCUGACAACUUACUUCUUGAUAGACAUGGUCAUCUGAGACUGUCUGAUUUUGGUCUAUGUAAACCAUUAGACUGCAGUACCAUCCAGGAAGGAGAUUUUUCAGUCCACAACCCUAAUGGCAAUACACCAAACGAGGACCGCCCAGCAGCUCCAAAGCGCACUCAACAAGAGCAAUUACAACAUUGGCAGAAGAAUCGGAGGACCCUCGUAAGUUUUGUCCCUUGCCGUGUGAAGCUAGCUUAUUCCACUGUGGGUACACCUGACUACAUCGCUCCUGAAGUACUUUUGAAGAAAGGAUAUGGAAUGGAAUGUGACUGGUGGUCACUUGGAGCAAUCAUGUACGAAAUGCUUGUGGGUUAUCCACCUUUUUAUUCAGAUGAUCCGAUGUCAACAUGUAGGAAGAUAGUAAACUGGAAAACCCAUUUGAAAUUUCCAGAAGAAGCAAGAUUAUCUCCAGAGGCAAAGGACCUCAUCAGCAAACUCUUGUGCAAUGUAAACCAGAGGUUAGGGACAAAUGGUGCAGAUGAAAUAAAGGAGCAUCCAUUCUUCAACGGUGUUGACUGGGAUAAUAUUUACCACAUGGAAGCUGCCUUUACUCCAGAAGUCAAUGAUGAGCUGGAUACGCAAAACUUUGAAAAGUUUGAUGAGUCGGAGCACCAUCCCCAAACAUCAUCGAAAACUGGUCCAUGGAGAAAGAUGCUUUCCUCCAAGGACCUAAAUUUUGUGGGAUACACUUACAAAAACUUUGAAAUUGUGAAUGAUUAUCAAGUACCUGGAAUGGCCGAAUUGAAAAAGAAAGAUACAAAGCCAAAGAGGCCGUCUGUGAAGUCGCUUUUUGAAGGAGAGUCGGAAACGUCAGAAUCAUCAGAAACGGCCACCAGCGAUCAACCACCGGUUCAGGGGAGCUUUCUGAACCUGUUGCCUCCAGAACUGGAAGUUACUCCGAAACAGCACGAUGCUGUUUAGUCCAGGGCUCCCUUACAGUGACCUUAUAGACUGCAUUUCCUUUGACACAGUCCUUUUCCAGUCUCUUCGAGCAAUUAACAUAAUCCGAGCUGGUGGCGUAGAUAUUUAAGGCCUCUCCAACCAACUCUGCCUCUGUUGCUCCAACCUGUGCGAACUGUCUGAUGGAACGUUGCUGGUUUCUGGCGCAACUACUUCAGCUUGUAAAGUUAUGGUCCCAGCCUGGGCACGAGGAGUGUAGCACAAAGUUCCGUUCCAAGAAUUGCAGAAUACGUGCUCUAAUUCAACAUUCUAUGAUUAACCCUGCAAUGCAGAAUCAUCAUACUCUAAAUUUUGAUUUUUUUCCUUUUUCACCCUCCUUUGACCACCACCAUUAGUUUAACGAUUCUUGUGUACCACAACAACAACAGCAAAAAAAGGGUAUUUUCUCCCGUUGCCAGUUUAUCAAGAUGUAAAUGAAUAAUCUGUUAUUUCAGGUAUUUGAUCGAUAAUGACACAACAAAUGUCGUCGCAUGCCAAGCAUUCACCCCCUGGUUGUUGUGUGUUUGCUAGCCGGAGAGUUUUGCUUUGCUUCUCUCCAAGCUGCGCUUGCCAGCUCGGGGAACCCAAUAAGUUGAUAAAAGCUACGCCUAAAGCA